UUUGGCAUUGACUGGGAGGAUUCAACAUGAUUUGGAAAAGGAUUUAUACUUUUUAAGAGGAGAGUGUCACUGGAUCACAUGACAGUCUAUAUUCCAUGCACUUGUAUUCAGUAGGUCUCUGUCGUUUUCUCUGCAUUUGAUCAAAUGAGGGUUUGUAACUUACAUUUUUAUUCAGCUUUAUGUCAACAGUGGGGAUAUGACAACACUCUCUCGAUGCUCUUCCUGAAAUUAUCACUGAAGAUACUGUGCAUGGCUGAGUUGAGUGAUGUACAGCAAGAUCUGCCCGAACAAGAGGAUUCCUUUUUUGUCGGUGUACCUCAUUCAACCCCCCAGAAGCACAGAGCUGAAGCGUCUGCUGCAGAAUUCAAAGUGCCCUUGUCUGUACAGCUAACCAGUCCUGCACGGUCCAGCAAACCAGCUGUUGCCCUGGCUCCCACAUGGACAAGUCAAUUGGACACUGCAUCUUCAUCCAAAAUGAUGGCCACGUGUAGUCCAAGAAAAAGUCUUGUAUUUGAGGAACCACACCACAUGGAAUCUACUGUGAUGGAUCUUAGUGCAACCUCAGUCUUUGAUGUCAGCAUGUCCUCAGAGCCUGCUGUCGAUCCCGCAGACACCAGUUUUGUGCCAUAUUCAAGCCCCUCCACCACCACCACCACAGGGAGUACCUCAAGCCUCUCCGGACAACCCAGAGGAUGGAAGGAGAGGAAAUGGAUUGUAAAUGAGUCCAAACUCAUGGAACUCUUUCAGAAAUGUACAACCUGUGGUGCUGCGAUGUGUGACCUGAAUCAAACAAUAACACAGUUCGGCAGUAGAAUCAAUAUAAACUGGCAGUGCAACAAUGGCCAUACGGGAAAAUGGGAGUCAUGUCCCAAUAUACGUGGAAUGGCAGAAAAUAACCUUCUGGCAGCAGCUGCCACCCUCUUCACUGGCUCCACAUACACCGACAUAGCUGACUGGGCUGGACUUUUUAACCUGCAGUUGCCCCAGCAAACAACUUUCUAUAACAUACAGGCAAGCUAUCUUCUCCCAGUGAUUGAGGAAGCAUAUACAGAGCAGGAGACCACAAUCAAGGCUAGAUUAAUUUGCCAAACUGAAGAUGGUGAGGGAGUGCAGCUAUGUGGAGGCGGAAGAAGUGACAGCCCCAGCCACUCCAGCAAAUACCUCACUUACUCUUUCAUGGAUGACUCCACUAACCAGAUUGUGGUGUUUGAGCUGCUUCAGGUGUCCCAGGCAUCCAAUUCUGUUGCAAUGGAACCACUGGGCUUCAGGAAAGGCUUGGAGAAGAUCCUGGAUGAGGGCAUUGAUGCGAAAGUAGUCACCACAGACCGGCAUCCCUCCAUAAGAAAAAUUAUGACAGAGGAAUACCCUCAUAUAAUUCAUCAGUUUGAUCCGUGGCAUGUGACCAAAGGUUAGUCUACCGUUAGUCUAAGCUAUAGAGCAAUAGAGCACAACACCCUGAUAUCUCAUCUGCUUUGUUGUCUGUUGUUCUUUGUGUAUUACAUUUACCACAGGACGUAAAUGCACACCCAUUGUAAUCCUUUUCUCUCAUAAUUCAGGAUUGAAAAUGAAACUGGUUGCAGCAUCCAAUAAAAAGGACUGCAAAGAUCUUGCUCCUUGGGUCAGGAGUGUCACCAACCACAUGUGGUGGAGCUGUUGCUCCUCCAAAGGAGAUGCAAAGGUAUACAAGCAUACAGACACAACAUAUCACAAAGUGAAAUUCUAUUUUGUUUCUUAUAUACUUCAAAUUCUGUAUGCAGGUGUAAUGCACA